GGGCCUGGCAGGGGCCACCCACGGGACAGGGGACACUGCGGGGACAGGCCUGGCACAGGCGACACGGCACAGGGGACAUCCCCGCCACGGGCAUCAGGGAGGUGGCAUUUCGCCAUCGCUCGGUGUCACUGUCGCUGUCACCAGCCCAGUUCGCGGGGCGGGCUCUGUCCCCGCCCGCCCGGCCCUUUAAAGCCGCUGUCACCCGCGGGGACACGGCCCAGAGGACAAGGGACACGGUCCCGGAGGUGGCACGUCCGCAGGUGCCACCGGGGACAGGGUCAAGUUCGGGGACAAUUCUGCUGGCACCCGUGCCACCUGUGCCACCUGUGUCACCCUCUCCGCAGGCCCAGCCAUGUCACACGCGGCCAGAGCUGCCCUCAGGGGGACACCCCGGGGACACCGCCAGGGGGUCACGUCGGGGAACGGGGACACGGCUGAGAACGUCAUCGACCCCGACAUGGUGGCCUUGUUCGAGGACUUCCUGGGGACAGAGGUGGCGGUGGCCUUCGGGGCGGCGCGCCCCGGGGCCCGGCCGUACCACUACGUGCUGCGGGACACGGAGCAGCAGGGGCUGUGCCUGCGCCACGGCCACCUGGUGGCCACCAGCCUGCAGGGGGCCAACGCCACCCAGGAAGAGCCCAUCAGCGUUGUCCCCAACCGGCACCUGGAGCGCCGGCGCUGUCCCCUCAUCGUGGGCAUCCGCGGUGGCACCCGCGCCCUGUCCUGUGGCACCGGCCCCGAGCCCCGGCUGAGCCUGGAGGACGUGGGGCUGCUGGAGCUGUUCUCGGGUGACAAGGACAGGGCCACGCCCUUCACCUUCUACAAGACCUUCGGGGGCUCCACGCACACCUUCGAGGCCGCCGCCUUCCCCGGGCUCUUCCUCAGCACGGCCACGGGCCCGGGCGAGGCGCUGGCCCUGGCGCCGGGGGCCACCGCCUUCUACCUGCGCCGCCAGUGA